CAUAAUGGUUUUUCUCUCUGAAAUAGCUUCGUCUUCAUCAACUCAAGAUCAUACAUAUGACGUGUUCUUAAGCUUUAGAGGUUUUGAUACUCGUCUUAGUUUUACCGAUCAUCUCUACAAAGCGCUCGUGAAUGCUAACAUCACUACCUUUUUGGACGAUGAAGAGAUCGAAACCGGAGAUGAUUUGAAACCGGAAUUGGAGAAUGCGAUUACAGCAUCCAGGGCAUCUAUUAUCGUCUUGUCCAAGAAUUACGCUUCUUCGACAUGGUGUCUUGACGAACUGGUAUUAAUCCUUGAGCAACGUAGGAACUACGACCAUAUCGUUAUCCCUGUCUUCUAUCAUGUCGAGCCCACCGAUGUCAGGAAGCAACAAAACAGCUUCGGAAUUGAUAUGGCAAAGCAUAAACAGAAGAUGGAGAUAGAGACGAAUGCAGAGAAAAAGAGUCGGUGGGCUCAAAAAAUGGAGCUGUGGAAUACAGCACUUACAGAAGUUGCUGAUUUAAAAGGAAAAACUGCAAAGGACCGGAAAGAGACGGAGUUGAUUGAAGAAAUUGUAACCGACAUCUAUCGUAAACUAGGUGUACUCUUAAGUAGUCCUCAGCCACUCCUUAUUGGCAUGAACCAUCAUAUUAGCUCCAUUACAUCUUGGUUGAAAGAUAGAUCCUCUCAUACCGUUGACAUCCUCACAAUUUGGGGCAUCGAUGGGAUCGGGAAGUCAACUUUGGCCAAAUAUAUCUUUAGAUUACACGGUCAUGAAUUUGAAAGAAGCAGCUUUGUUGCAAAUAUUAGUAGGAAAUGUGCAGAAAGAAUUGAUGGAUUGCUUGAUUUGCAAAAACAAAUUUGUGGUGACGUUUCAAAAACAAGUUCGAUUCAAGUUCAUGAUGUGUCUGUGUACACCUCUAAGAUUGAGAAGGCACUAGCCCGUAAAAAGGUGUUUGUAGUUCUUGAUGACGUUGAUAGUCUCAAGCAGUUGGAUGCGUUGCUUGGAAACAAAGGUUUUCAUCCGGGAAGCAAAGUCAUAAUAACGACCAAGGACGUGUCAUUGACUGAACGGUGUCAGUUAUUCAACAUGAUGGUUCAGCCCAAGCAUAAAAAGCACUUACUUAGAGGCUUAAAUGAGUAUGAAUCACUGAAUCUUUUUAGUUUUCAUGCAUUCAAGUGCAGCGGUCCGAAAGAAGAAUACAAAGAGGUUUCAGAUACGCUUGUGAAAUAUUGCGAGGGACAUCCAUUAGCUCUUGAAGUUUUGGGCAGUUCUCUAUGUAAUAGAGAUGUAGCUGAAUGGGUGGAUCACUUAGAGAGGCUAAAGGAGGAACCUGAUUCAUGUAUUAAAAACGUCCUGCAACUGAGCUUUGAUUCUUUGCCAUCCACAAAUGACAAGGAAUUGUUUAAGCAUAUCGCUUGUUUUUUUGUUGGGAAAGAUAUGGAAUCAACUGAAACAAUAUUACAGGCAUGUAGGGUCCGCACGGUACUCGGGAUCAAGAAUCUUGUUGAUAGAUGCCUUCUUUUUAUUAGUUGGGAUAACAAGUUGAUGAUGCAUCAAUUGGUUCAAGAGAUGGGAAGAGAUGUAGUACGACAAGAAUCACCUAACAAGCCAUGGAAGCGUAGCCGAAUAUGGUGUCAUGAGGAGUCAUUCAAUGUGUUGGAACAAAACAAGGGUACGGGAAAACUUCAAGGCCUUCUUCUUGACAUGGAGAUGCUUGAUAAAGAGUAUACAUAUGGAUCCGUUGAGUUGAAAACAGAUGCGUUGAGUAAGAUGGAUAAUCUUAUGCUACUACAACUCAAUUAUGUGCAACUCAGUGGAUCUUAUGAGAGUUUUCCCAAAAAAUUAAGAUGGUUGUGUAUGCAUGGGUUCCCUUUAGAGUAUAUACCUCCAGACUUGCAAUUAGAGAAUCUAGUUGCUCUUGACAUGUCUUAUAGCAGUUUCAAAUCGUUGGAUAUGUCUUAUGGUAACUCACAACGAUCUGGGAAGAUUCAAAAGUUAAGUGGCUCGAGCUCAAAAGACAAACGCUUGCUUAGAUCAUUGAAGAACCUUAACUUAAGUUCCUGUAAACAGCUACAUAGUCUUGGUGGCUUUAUUGAACUUCCUGCACUUGAGAGGUUGAUACUUUCAAAUUGCACAAGCUUGGUUGAGGUUUGUGAAUCAAUUGAGCAGUGUGAUGGACUUGAGCUCAUCGAUCUGAGUUAUUGCAACGACGUUGGAAGGCUUUCAAGAAUGAUAAGAAAGUUAAGAAAGGUGAAAAUACUAAAAGUAGAUGGUUGUAAUCUUGGUGAGUUUCCAAUCGAGAUGAGGGAUGAUGCGGAAGUACCAGAAAUGCUCAAAGGUAACAACAUUGGCAUAAACUCGCAAACCUUUUCCUCUGUCAUUGUGGAAGCUAUACCGAGAGCUUUGAGGACCUUUGUGCUUUCUUUACCAAGCUCGUUAGUAUGUUUAUCGCUUAAAAAUAAUGGGUUGUCCGAUGAAUCCUUUCCAAAGGACUUGAGUAGCCUAUCUAUGUUGAAGGAGUUAAAUUUAGACGGUAAUUCUAUCAUUUCCUUGCCUAAUUGUGUGAGAAGCCUCCCGAGACUUGAGAUACUUAGUAUUAAUGAUUGUGAUAAACUGAAGACAUUGGAACAUCCUCCGCGUACACUAAAAGAACUGAUAUUUGGUUUUAGUGACGAUAACAAGGAAGGGAAAGUUGUAUUUGAUCGAGAAAUGUCCCCGAUCAUGUUCAGUGUGGGGGAAGGUUGGGGGUCUUUUAUCGAAGGCAUGUUCAAAGUGGAAGAUAUGGAAGAUGUUGAGGAAAAGGUAUUACGUAGUUUGGGGUGGAGUCGUUUAGACUUCAUUCAGCUGACAAAAUCUAAAGUCCAGAUGCAAUAUGAAUUUGGGAUAUUCAGCACGUAUUAUGAUGGGAAUGAGAUUCCGAAUUGGAUUAGUGAUAGAAGAGAAGGGUCGUCAAUAUCAUUUACCAUCCCAUCAUCUUCUAACGACCUUAGAGGCUUGAAUUUCUGCUUCGUAAGUAUGCCUCCAGAGAGUCACGGUACCUAUUUAUGGGUAGAUAUCAAGAUUAGUAAUAUAACAAAGAACCGCACUUGGAUAUAUGCUUGUUCUUUGGUCUUUGAGAGUGCCAUAGCGAGCGGAAUAUAUUUAAGCCAUUGGAUGUUUGGGAAGAACGAGAUGGAAGAUGGCGACCAACUUACUAUUUCCAUUAUAAAGAACCAUCCCGUUGGUAGUAUUAUAACGGAGUGUGGGGUGAGUUUUGUGUACAAUGAAGAUGAUGAUGGGAAGAAUAAGAUGGACGACGACGACGAAGAAGAAGUUUUGGGUUAUUACAAGUCAUGGAAUCAUAUCAUUGGCGGUGAUCUCUCUGCUUUUCGAACAACUACGCCCGGAGAAUAUUUCUUAAACAAGUUGUACUUUUUGGGGUACAAUUAUGGAACCGACUACGUAGAUGAGUGUCCUUUGUUUAGAGCUUUUCCACACAGCCAGUGAACACAGUUGGUGGGUGGUGCACCUAAUGUAAAAGGCAUAUUCCCCCAUUUGUUGCGUCAAGAGUCUCGAAGAGAUGUUUUACGGAAAAAUAUUCGUAACAGUUUGAAGUUGCUUUGGAGCUUAAGUAACAUGUCUUGGAUAAGUAGUUUAUCGAAGUAAAUAUUGUUCUGUAGAAAUUCCUGAAAGGCCUUUCCGUGUUAGCAGUUUCUUUUAGUUACUUGUACACAUUCUAACAAUGACAACAAAAUUGAAAUCAUAACGACAA